AUGGAGCGUGUGGUCACCGGGAGGUGUGCUCGACCUGCAUUGCUUGACUUCGCUUCAUAUGCAAUGAUCGUCGUUGCUGCAUCUGCAAGACCGAAUCCAACGUUAUCUUUGUCACCAAGGAUGAAAUUGGCUGGGAAUAUGAUGAAUGCAUUUUCCGAAGGACUCAUAUUAGCUGACAAAAGUGGACUUAACCCUGAAACUCUUCUUGACAUGUUGGACCUGGGUGCAAUAGCUAAUCCAAUGUUUAAGAUGAAAGGAUCCACUAUGAACCAAAAGAGCUACUUCCCUGCAUUUCCUCUGAAACAUCAGCAGAAGGACAUGAGGUUGGCUCUUGCCCUCGGUGAUCAAAAUGCAAUAUCAAUGCCAGUGGCAGCUGUUGCCAAUGAGAUAAUUUCUAGUGUAGAGUUCUGCCACAAGAAUAUGGUGGUUCACAAAGAUCUUAAGCUUGAGAACCUGCUUUUGGAUUCCAAGUGCAAUGUGAAGGUUGCUGAUUUUGGUCAGUAA